UUUCUGUACUGUAGGAUCGCUGAUUGGUUUCUGUACUAUAAACCUACAAGCAGAAUAAUGGAACAAUUGUGUCAAUUCAUAUUAUUAUUAUUCAUAGAAAAUAACAAGAGUUUUAAAGCUGUGGGGAAUUCCAGCUCUGUGGGAUUCAGUGCUGUGGACCACUGCACUCCUAUUCACUGCUGAUGCAAUCCCCGAACACGUUACGCUGUCUCAGCACAGUACUGAAGAAAUAAAAUAAAUGUUUCAUCUGUAAAUCCCAUCCCAGAGGGUUAUCAUUCUCGUUGCAGAAAUGGAGGCGCUGCCGCUAGUUGUGCCCACUGCAUGUGGAAUGGAGGACCUGGCAGUUCCCUUUCUUCCUGAGCAGCGCAUUAAACAUCAGUUUCUUAACAAGUACCUCGAUAUUACUGCUGUUUGCUUGGAAGGCAAAGCGAGCGAGACGGUCUUUGCAGCCAGGUUGCAAGGAAAUAACUUACCAGAGGAGCUCAAUUUGGUUCAGGACUAUUUCAAAUUAGUGCACCAUGCCUGCAGGCAGCUUGAAUUAAUGAUGGAAAGCGAAAGGGCGCAGGAUGUGAGCAGGAAACAGGAAAACCGUUUCUCUCCGUCGGGCCUCUCUAUCACCAGAGAUCAGUGCCUAACACCGGGCUGUCUCUACUUCUGCUCCAGGUUCACCCAGCCGUUCUGCCACCAGUGUUUCAAAAAUUUCCAAAGCAAAGAUCCGCCUCCCAGAUCCUGUCAUUCUCACCAGGAGUCCAGGAGACAGGACUGGAAAGAGAACUCGGAUCGAACUACUUUCUUUGGGAGUGCCAGCCCUUUGGAGGUGAAGCUGCCCAAUGGGCCGGCUUCGGCUCCCGCUGCAUCUUCUAACCUUUCCUUCUUUAACGAGAUCAGCAUCCAGAAUCGCAAAACUCCACGCCCUGGUAAUUUGACUCAGGCUGCGGUGUUCCCCGAUCCCUCUCAGAGACUGGUUGGAGACACUUUCACGGAGAACGAGGUCUCUCCCCAGGAGCCUGCAGACAGCAUUCUGGACUUCCUGGGAGGGAGGUGUAUAAUCUGCAAGAAGGAGACUCGGACCUUUAAUGGCUUGUGUUUCACGUGCUUGAAGAUCAGAGCAGAGGCUUCGAGACCUGAGGGUCCGCAGCCCUCGUCCUCAUUGGAAGGGCUUCAUCCCUCGUUUGGGAUGCACAACGAGGAGCUGCAAGACCCUGCCUUCCUCAGUAAAAACAAUGGAAAGCUGUGCAUCACCCCAGGCUGCCAAUACUUCGGGACCUCACAGCACUUUGGCUGCUGCACUGUUUGUUAUAUUGCUGCCCAGGGUGAAACAGGACAGCGCAGCCCGGAGAAGGUUGAUGCUGGUGUUCCUAGCGCCCAGCCUCCUCAGAUUUCCUCCGUCCUCAGGAACAUGCCGCGGUGCUGUGCCCCCGGGUGUAGCAUGCUGGGAAAUCCCAGAUAUAACGGCUGCUGUGAGAAAUGUUUCAUCUUGAACAAGAAUACAGGGACACAGAGACCAGAGGGCAAUCCUUCAACAGAGCAUCCUGGUCAGAGAACCACAUCCCCAAACCGUCAACACUACAGACCCACAGCCGAACACGAGUUGCUGUGUGAGAAUUUUAUGGAGAAGGCUUUCCUGGGAACCAGGAAAGAGCCAAUUGGCCCUGCUGGCAGUGACCAGUCUGACGCAGCCAAUCCAGAGCAGGCUGAUAGAACCUGCAGGGCCAGUGGCUGCUGGAACUAUGGCAACAGCAGAUGCGAAGGAUACUGCAAUGAGUGCUACUGUCGAAUCAGGAGCGGGCAGUGAGUCGAAACCCACACACCGGGGAACAGCGACAGCACCUUGAAGCAAUUUCAAAUGGAAGGCAGUGCCAUCGUUCAUACUGCCAAGUCCUGAGAGCACAUGAUGGACUGCAGUAUUCUUGUGCCUCAUUGUACUGUAUGUAACCACUCUUUUCAUUCUGGAUAUAUCAGGCUGAGUUCUUUUGUAGCAAACAGAAUUUAUUUUUUCAUAUUUUUUUUUCAUGGUGCUAAUAGUAUCGCUCAAAUAAAAAGAUGCAGCAAGAACUGCAGAAUAACAGAUUGUUUAUAUAUAUAUAUAUAUAAACAAUCUG